CAGAAAUCAGUGUCGUAAUCAAGAUGGCGGAAGUAGAAUAACCGAUUUGACAGAUGUGAUGUUAUUUUAAAAAACCAUAAAAAAGAGUGUCAGCUGUGUGCUUAGAUCCAUACUGAUGUACAGCGGGUACAGAACCAAAGCUUUAGAUGAGUUAUCGAGUCUCCAUUUUAUCUCCGAUGCCGACAUAUGGGUUGGGGACGAUGCCGGGCAGUAAGGAUGUUUCUACAUACUCAACCGCCUACCAUAGGAGAAGUGGUUCGGCUUCAAGAAAAUAUGGCACCAUUGGAGGAUCCUCUUCUGUGUAUAGCACAGGUAUGUCCAGCUCAAGCCGUCCAAGCUCGAGACCGCUGCCGGUUGGACCAGGCCCUCUAGAUCAUUCUGGAAGGAAAUUAAACAGUUUUACAUCGAGUGAUAUAAGAAAAAAUAGUACAAGUAGUCUGCGUGCUGGUCCUUUGCGUGCAGACCAUUCAUACCAAACACAUUCAAAAUUUGAAUAUACUCCAUCAGUAGGCUCCCUUAAUAGGAAAUACUCUCCGAUUUCAAAUGCAGCAUUGAAUAGUACAACGAAAGAUUUUGGAAAUAGAAGUUUGCGCUCAAGAAGUGUUUCGAAUACUGACAGAUUAACAGAAAAUAUAUCAAAUAUUAGGUUAAAUGGUGUAGAUAGUGUAAAAGCUUCACCACGAACAAACGAUUCAGAUGACAGUAUUUAUGGUUCUCGAGAAUCACGAAAAGAUCGUCAUGAACAAAAUCUGAAUGAUACUAAUAUAAGAGGUGGGUCACGCAUCAGUCGUAUUUCAAAUGGACCUGUUUCUUCUACUGAUGAUAUAUUUACACCAAAGAAUAGGGAUAGUACUGGACGUGCUACCAGUAUACAAAGGGAGAAUGAAAACAAAAGAAGAGAUAGUAUAAAUGAUAUUGGAGUUACAAAGUCCCUGUCACGACAGAGUUCUAGCAGCUCCAUCUCAACUGGAACUUCAAAGUACAAUUUUGGUGGAAAAGUUGGCUUAAGAAAUAUUGGCAAUACUUGUUUUAUGAACUCAGUGCUUCAGUGUCUCAGCAAUACUAGACCUCUUCUGGAAUACACUCUCAAGGAAGACUAUGUCCUCGAUAAAAACAAAACUACCAGUAAAUUAAAAGGGGCCUUAAUAAUUGCAUAUGCAAAUUUGAUCACAUCAUUUUGGAAGGACAAGAGUAGUUCAUAUGUGUCACCUAACUCAUUCAAGUCACAAAUACAGAAGUUUGCUCCAAGAUUUUCGGGAUAUCAACAACAGGAUGCCCAGGAAUUUCUGCGUUACUUGUUAGAGGGUCUACACGAGGACGUGAAUAAAGUGACACAGAAACCUAAACCUCUACAAAUCAACGAUGAUCAUUUCAGCAGUGAUACAGAGAAGGCUGCUGAGUACUGGAAUAAUUACUUACGAUAUGACCACAGUAAAAUAGUGGAGAUAUUUGUAGGUCAGCUUAAAAGUGAAUUAAAAUUCGAUGAAUGCGGGCACCGAUCUGUCACCUUUGACCCCUUCUGGGAUCUUUCCUUGCCAAUACCAAAGACUAGAUCAGAGUGUGAAAUCAUUGAUUGCCUCAGCUUGUUUAUGAAAGUAGAGAGUCUUGAUGGAGACGAAAGCCCUACUUGUGCCAAAUGUAAGAAAAGGCGAUCAUGUACAAAACGAUUUUCGAUUCAGAAAUUCCCUCCAAUAUUAGUGCUUCAUUUAAAGCGGUUCAGUCAGGAACGUUACAGCCGCAAAAUAACAACUCUAGUUAACUUCCCAAUCAAACAUCUUGACCUGACCGAGUUUGCAGCAGAAAAAGGUCAGCAGACAAUGUAUAACCUGUAUGCAGUUAGUGAACACUCUGGAACAACUUAUGGGGGUCAUUACACGGCAAAAUGUAAACACCCAUAUACUGGAGAAUGGAAUAGUUUCAACGACACACACGUUAGUUCUUGCGGAGCUAACCAGAGCGUCUCUUCGGAAGCCUAUGUCUUGUUCUUCGAAUUAGUAUCAAGCACCGGGAGCCCGUCACGAUUGUAACCUCAUCUACGAAGAUACACUAGUCAAUAUGCCAUGUACUCGAACUGUGAUAAAUGCUGUUGUUGAUUAUGGCAGUUUAUACAUAUUUUUAUCACUUUCUGUGGGUUUUGAUUAUUUUUUACAUUAAAAAAAAUCACAUAAUAUUUAUUAAAUACACUUUUUAUGACAUGAAACUGUGUAUGUUUUAUUUAUGUAUGAAAGGAUAUACCAAAGUCUACAUAUGAGCUGUGCCAUGAGAAAACCAACAUAGUGUCUUUGCAACCAGCAUGGAUCCAGACCAGCCUGCGCAUCUGCGCAGUCUGGUCAGGAUCCUUGCUGUUCGCUUUCAAAGUCUAUUGCAAUUAGAGAAACUGUUAGCGAACAGCAUGGAUCCUGACCAGACUGCGCGGAUGCGCAGGCUGGUCUGGAUCUAUGCUGGUCGCAAAGCCACUGUUGGUUUUCUCAUGGCACGGCUCAUAUGUAUUAAUGCAGGGCUUUUUUUUACCCUUUGCUGGGUAAAAUAUGUUGGUAUGAUAAAAACAAUGGGAAAAAAAAUAUAAAUCUGAAAUUUUAACAAGAAAAAAAAUAUUGAAAAGUCUAUGCUUAUUCUUUUUCUAGUGAAAUUUGGGAAAACAUCUUUUUUCGCAGUUAAAAAUGGUCCAUACAACAGACCUAGAUUAUGAAAGGGAAAAGAAGUCCUGUAAUGCUACUGAAAUAUUUUACAAACGUUGUCUCAUUAAGCUAAGAAAAAUACAAGUCUCUCAGGUAUGGUUUUUUAUUGGUGAGAUAUAGUUUUGUACAGCAAUUGGACAGGGUGACAUCUUGUUCUCUCGCCCGUUAUACCAGAUAGAAAAUCUAUAAAUUUUCUAGGCAAAAGUUCUCCCAUUUCUUAUAUAAUUUCUUAUAAAUUGUAAAUAAAAAGUCUUUAAAAAAACGUAACUCAUUGAAAUAUUGGUAGUAUUCUUGUUUAAUCUAUAAAAAGUGUUGAA